GGGGGGAGGGCAGAGGAACAACAACAACAAAUCCGGUAGUCUUGGUUCAGGCGCUUGUCCGCGCGUGCGCGCGCGCCCCCUGCUGAUCGCACCCUACGGCGUCAGUGUCUGGUCCAAACUGAAAGGGUGUCAAGCAUCUGUCUUGACUCUAGGUCCCAUGUACAUCUUUGCUGGGGCCCACUCAUUUCAUCGCUGGAUUUGAAAAGCCUCCUUACCCCGGAAGCCAGAAAGAAAACCCUUAACAUCUGGAAACCCUAUCGUGGCCUAGGGCCAUGUGCCCAAACUUGGGUGACCCAGGCUUAUGUGGGGCACUGGGAAGGAAAAGGGCCUCUGCAUUUAAAGUGGGCGAGCAUCGAUGGCACCACGCUGCUACUGUGUCCUGCCAGCUUUCCCCUCUUCCUCCUCUUCCAGCAGUGCCCAGUUGGGUAGAGGCCUGUACCCACAGCCCCCAUGCCCUAGCUAGGGCACCACUGCCAGGAAGCUGCCAGACUCCAGGUAACACAGUGACUUCUGCCCAGCCCUCCGUCACCUGGGCACCUUUCAACAAAUAGUGGAGUGGGUGCAGUACCACCCUCAGGUGCCACAGCCCAGUGAUGCAGGACAACACUCUGGUAGGUGGAGUAUUCACAAGACACCCUGAAACCUUGAAUAUGGGCCUUUGCUGUCCAGUGUUUUUAAUCGCCCUCACCAAACCAACACUGUGGCGAUGAGGACUGGGGGCAGGAGAGAUGAAACAGUACUAGAAGAUAGGGGUUAAGCCAGCUUCCGUUCACCUUUUCUCCAGGCCUGGGCCGCUAACCCAGUCUCUUACUGGGGGCCCAGUCAGCACACUGGAGGGUCCACAGUGUGCUGGUCACUGACCUUACACCCUUCAAAUCUCUCCGAAGGUCCUGUUUCAGUCAGUGUUCUAUUGCUAGGAAGAGACGCCGUGGCCAAGGCAGCUCUCAGAAGAGAAAGCAUUUAACUGGGGCUGGCUUACAGCCUCAGAGGUUUAAGUCCUGAGCCUCCAGUGCAAAGAGUAAGGCCCUGGCUCUGGCUCCACCCCUCACCCCAGAAUCAGUAACUUUUAGUCCAAGGCUUUGCCUCUCUACCAAGGUGGCCUGAGCUCAUGAGCUCACAGUCAGCAGUGCCCCUGCUCUCCUCGCCCGCCAUCCUGCAGCCCUGGCUGGGCCAACCAAUGUUGUUCUGGUGCCUGGGCAGAGCGAGGAUGAGGAGAGGAGCAAGACUGUGCCUCCUACAUCUUUCUAGGGACACCUUUCUCCAGCUGACCCCCAUCCCCUUCCCCCAUGGCUCCACCCAGGACCCCAGCUGGAAGCAGAGGCAAGAGGUCCCACUGUGUGGCGACGUCCUUUCCUCCGUGGUUCUGUCUAUUCUUUGCAGGUCCCUAGGAGAGGUGCAGUGAUCUGCAACAACCAUCCCCAGGAGAAGUCGCGCUGGGAUGCCCGCAUCCCCAGCACCCACCUCUUACCACUACCCAUCCCUUCAGGCUUUCCCAUCCCUCCCUUCCGUCCUCCAGCCACCCAAGGAGUAUUUGUCGAGGGACUCUCGCAGGCUACGAUGGAGCUUUUGACGACCAGUGCCAGAUGGGGGUCUCCAAACCUUGGUACUGGCCCAGACCAAGAACGCAGGUGGCUGGCACAUCUGGCUGCCGAGACAGGACCUGGGGUUCAUGUAGCCUAAAUGAUGGCAGCUCUGGUUGUGAGCUUCCCGAAGGCGGGGCUGGCCUCCAAAUAGGCCUGGAGGCCACGCCCAAGAGCUGUGGGCACAGACUUACCUCGAGUGGGAAGGAGCCCACGACGCUCGGCAAAAAGCGCAAGAGGAGCCCUGCGCGCCUGGCAGGCCACGCCCCUAGGAAUCCACUAGCGCCCUGAGGGUGGAACCAUUUUGCUACUUUCUGGCCAAGGGGCCCCGAGCCCGGGCUGCCACCCAUCACGUGGCCCGCAGUCAGGUCAUGUGGGCUGAAGGCCAGCACGGGAAGCAGAGAGUCCAGCACGAGGAGGGGCGGGGCGAGGCCGGCACGAGCAAGACUCCUCAGCCUGAGACCCGGGACAGCUUACCGACGCCCUCACAGGGCUCAGGCCCCCGCCCAGGUCCUGUGGCUGCGGCAAAUUGUGGCUCCUGCCUUCGGAGGAAUGUGAUCAGCGAGAGAGAACGCAGGCUAGACCUUUUCUGCUUGUCUGGAAGCAGGAGGCGGAUCUCCUUGAGCUGUGAGCGCCUGCGGGCUCUGCUGCCUCAGUUUGAUGGCCGGCGGGAGGACAUGGCGUCUGUCCUGGAGAUGACUGUGUACUUCCUCCAGCUUGCCCACAGUAUGGCUCCUGGCUGGGAGCAGCUCUCCGUGAGUUGUAAGCAGGUUCCUCAGCCUUCCCAGGAGAUGUGGCACCUGUGGCAGGGGGAUGUCGUGCAGGUGACCCUGGCGGAUCAGAGUGCAGACAGCAAGCCGCCGGACUCCGGGAUAGCAAAAGCAUCCGGUGCGGCUCGAGUGCAGGACCCCCCACGCUGUGAGAUGCUGGGUAUGGACCAGAGCCAAGCCCUGGGGAGAGUGUCAGAACUGCUGGAGAGACCCUCCUCCCCGCUUGAGCCUUCCAGCUUGAGUCCCGGGCUCUCCCCCUGGCUUCCUCACUCAUGGCAGUUAGCCACCCCCCAGACGAGUGACAUCAUUUCUGGUGGGUUGCACCCCGUGGGAUCCCUGGCCAGGGACACUGAAUCUCCGGGCAUGCUGGCUGAGGAGGCCAACUUGGUCCUGACAUCUGUGCCUGAUGCCAGGUACACCGCAGGGCCAGGGUCCGACGUGGUGGAUGGAACAUCCUUUCUGCUGACCACCAAUCCUGACUGGUGGCUGGGGUCGGUGGAGGGCAGAGGAGGUCCAGCCCUGGCCACGAGCAGCCCUAUGGACAGGGCAGAGCCAAGCUUCAUGGGGGACCCUGAGCCCAUCUCCCCGGAGCUCCAGCCUGGCCCCCUAGAGCUGUGGGGCUUGGAUUUUGGCAGCCCUGGCCUGGCCGUGCAGGAUGAAGCAGACAGCCUCUUCCCUGACUUUUUCCCCUGAGAGUUUAGCUGUCAGCUUGGUGGGGGAACAGGGCAGCACAGGGGCAGGACUGUGCCCCUGUCCCUUGCCUGGGUGUUGUAUUUUGGGUUUCGUUUGCAGCUGCGGUCUAAUUUGAGGGAGGCUGGCAGGGAGGGCUGUGAGUUGUAUUAAAGAGGAAAGCGGUUUUCCUGGCAGAAGCAGAA